CCCACUCCCUAAAUUUCAAGUUUGGGAAGCUGAACCCAGAGAGGCCGCCGCUAACGCAUCAUGCCCCAGAAUCGCUUCAGAAUUGCUGGGGAAAGCUGGUCUUUGUUUGAGGUACCUGUGUAGAAACCCCAGUGUAGCUGUGGGUCUGGACUCUGCCACAGAGGUUCUGUGUGUGCCAGGUGCUCUGCUUGGUCCAUCCCUGCCAACCGAGUCUUUCAUCUUUCUGACUGUGAACCUUGGAGGAUUUUUCUUCCUGUUGUGAGAAGACAGCAGGAGUGUUCAGGGUCUCUCUGUGUGUUCCAGUCCUGUGGCAUUAUGCACGCCCCCUGCCAGUGACCCCAGGCUUUUUAUGGCUGUGAGACACACUAAAAGCUCAGGGGUGAGAAGUGACCUUUUGUGGUGACUAUAACUGAAGAUUGCUGUUACAGAAGCCAAAAAAGGUUUUUGAGUCAUGAUGCAAGAAUCUGGGUCUGAGACAAAAAAUAACGGGUCAGCCAUCCAGAACGGGUCCAGCAGUGGCAACCAUUUACUGGAGUGUGGAGCUCUUCGUGACGCUCGGUCCAACGGGGAGGCCCCGGCCGUGGACCUUGGGGCAGCUGACCUUGCCCACGCCCAGCAGCAGCAACAGCAGGCCCUGCAGGUGGCCAGGCAGCUCCUUCUUCAGCAGCAGCAGCAGCAGCAGCAGCAGCAGCAGCAACAGCAGCAGCAACAGCAGCAGCAGCAGCAGCAACAGCAGCAAGUUAGUGGAUUAAAAUCUCCCAAGCGGAAUGACAAGCAGCCAGCUCUUCAGGUUCCCGUGUCAGUGGCUAUGAUGACACCUCAAGUUAUCACUCCCCAACAGAUGCAGCAGAUCCUCCAGCAACAAGUGCUGAGCCCUCAGCAGCUCCAGGUUCUCCUCCAGCAACAGCAGGCCCUCAUGCUUCAACAGCAGCAGCUUCAAGAGUUUUAUAAAAAACAACAAGAACAGUUGCAGCUCCAACUUCUCCAACAACAACAUGCUGGAAAACAGCCGAAAGAGCAACAGCAGGUGGCUACCCAGCAGCUGGCUUUCCAGCAGCAGCUCUUACAAAUGCAGCAGCUCCAGCAGCAGCACCUCCUGUCUCUGCAGCGCCAAGGCCUCCUAACGAUCCAGCCCGGGCAACCUGCCCUUCCCCUCCAACCUCUUGCUCAAGGCAUGAUUCCAACGGAACUGCAGCAGCUCUGGAAAGAUGUGACGAGUGCUCACACUGGAGAGGAAACCACAGGCAACAGUCAUAGCAGCCUGGACCUGACCACGACAUGUGUCUCCUCCUCUGCACCCUCCAAGACCUCCCUCAUCAUGAACCCACAUGCCUCUACCAAUGGACAGCUCUCGGUCCACACUCCCAAAAGGGAAAGCUUGUCCCACGAGGAGCAGCCUCACAGCCACCCUCUCUAUGGACAUGGCGUAUGCAAGUGGCCGGGCUGUGAAGCUGUGUGUGAAGAUUUCCCGUCAUUUCUCAAACAUCUCAACAGUGAGCAUGCGCUGGACGACAGAAGCACAGCUCAGUGUAGAGUACAAAUGCAGGUGGUUCAGCAGUUAGAGCUACAGCUGGCGAAAGACAAAGAGCGUCUGCAAGCCAUGAUGACUCACCUGCACGUGAAGUCCACAGAGCCCAAAGCCGCCCCUCAGCCCCUGAAUCUGGUAUCAAGCGUCACACUCUCCAAGUCUGCGUCAGAGGCUUCUCCACAGAGCUUACCUCAUACUCCAACCACCCCAACCGCCCCCCUGACUCCCGUCACCCAAGGCCCCUCUGUCAUCACCACCACCAGCAUGCACACGGUGGGACCGAUCCGCAGGCGGUACUCAGACAAAUACAACGUGCCCAUUUCUUCAGCAGACAUUGCACAGAACCAAGAAUUUUAUAAGAAUGCGGAAGUUAGACCACCAUUUACGUAUGCAUCUUUAAUUAGGCAGGCCAUUCUUGAAUCUCCAGAAAAGCAGCUAACACUAAAUGAAAUCUACAACUGGUUCACACGAAUGUUCGCGUACUUCCGACGCAAUGCAGCCACGUGGAAGAAUGCAGUGCGCCAUAAUCUUAGCCUUCACAAGUGUUUUGUGCGAGUAGAAAACGUUAAAGGGGCAGUAUGGACAGUGGAUGAAGUAGAGUUCCAAAAACGAAGGCCACAAAAGAUCAGUGGUAACCCUUCCCUUAUUAAAAACAUGCAGAGUGGCCACGCCUACUGCACACCUCUCAACGCAGCUUUACAGGCUUCAAUGGCUGAAAAUAGUAUACCUCUGUACACUACCGCUUCCAUGGGAAACCCUGCUUUGGGCAACUUAGCCAACGCGAUCCGGGAGGAGCUCAACGGGGCCAUGGAUCACACCAACAGCAACGAGAGCGACAGCAGUCCAGGCAGAUCCCCUAUGCAAGCUGUGCAUCCUGUCCACGUCAAAGAGGAGCCCCUUGACCCCGAGGAAGCUGAAGGGCCUCUGUCCUUAGUGACAACAGCCAACCACAGUCCAGAUUUUGACCAUGACAGAGAUUAUGAAGACGAGCCAGUAAAUGAGGACCUGGAGUGACCUGGGCAGUCUAACCCUGAGCAGGAAGAUCGAACAGGAAAACAAACAAAACAAAACAAAACAAACACGUCAAAAGUUAGCAGUGAAAUGGUUCUCCACUUGUUGUACAGUCCGGAGGAUUUUCACUACUUUUUGACAACUCUGCAAUGUGUUAACUCUUAGUGCCAUCAAGAAUUCCCAUUUGGGAGUAUUUUUGAUUUUUCUACUUUUUGUUGAAAAAAGGAAUUUGUACUCUGUGCAUUGGAUGGACUUGUUUGGUACUUGGGAUUUUCCUCUCUUUCACAGUCAACAUCAGUGUUGUAAAAUUUGCUAAACUGAUUCACUUGUAGCAGCAGACUUUGAACUGCAGUCCUGCCCACGCCGGACAUGGAGGACACCCAACCGAGCUUGUGCACCCGAGCUGCAGACCAAGCCUUUGCCCAGAAGUCAAGGAUUCCAGUGACGACCUAUUUGCACAGACUGCAUGUUGAUAAUUCUCACUGCCUUUACUCCAGUCUUUUUUUUUUUUUUUUUUUUUUUUUUGCUUCUGGUUGGGAUGGGGAAGGCCUUUGUGUGUGUAUUGGGGGGAGGGGUUAAAAAUAAUUAUCCGAAACUUUUUAAUGUAUUGCUCUUUUUUUUUUUUUUUUUUUUUUGGCUUCUACUUUACCAUUUUAAGUUCUGACCUCAGGCCUCCAUUUGGGCCCAUGGCCUCUUGGAGGCUUCAAGUUUUCUGUACCUUGUGAUGAAUGUUAAUAGGUGUUUUUAUUAUACAAAGCUGAAUGUCAUUUCUCGUUUGUAGUUUUCUGUCACUCAUUCCAUUUUCCUACAGACAUCACCAUGUUUCUCUCAAGUCAAAAACAAAAGCAUUCCGUUUUGGUCUUUUUCAAAAAAAAAAAGAAAAAAAAAGGUCCCAAAGGCUGCACUCUACACAUGAAGGUCCUCUCACACAGAUGUGACUGUCCUGCCAGAAAGAGAAUGAAUGACAGAAAAGCAAAGAGAGAGACUCACAUACAUUCUUUAGACCCACACCGAUUCAUUCCACAAAGCAGUAUUGGAGUGGUAAGGGGAUCGUUUCAGACUUUUCUUUUCCUUGUGUAGUGCCCAUCAUUGUAACUGCCACCACAUUCCAACAGCACAAGGAAACAGGCAGCAACAGAGAAAAUAAUAAAGACUAAAAAAAAAAAAAAAA